GAGAGUGCACUAGCUUCAAACGGUGAUGUCGGUUGUUGUAGCAACCGUCUGAAAGCGCAACAGCGUGGACGUUGUAUCUGUAGUUAGUUGUGUUGGUAGUAAUACUAGCUAAAUAUUAGUUAACGUCGCGAUAUGUUUGCUAAAAUUAAUUUGAAUGCGUCUCACGUUCACCGUCGAGUUGUGUUUAUCUUGGUUUUGAAUAAAGUUAGCUUAAUGUGCUAAGUGCUAAGUGAGCUAAAUACGCUAACCUAACACCGGUUUAGCUUCCAGACAGAUUUCAAUUUCAGUAAAUGCUUUUUACCGUGCAUUGUAUGUUUGUAUACUCGUUGUCUGAUUAAGAAGAAAAGAAAAUAGUUGCUCAGCAUGUCGGGUGUCAGCAACCUCGUCCCUGCGCGGUUCCUGACCAUCACAGCCCACCUCGUCAUUGUUAUCACCAUCUUUUGGUCGAGGGAAAACAACGUGAAGGCUUGCUUGCCUUUGGAUUACACCCAAGAGCAAUACGACGAUGAAGACAGGAAGUUGGUGGUGGCACUGGCAGUCACCCUCGGUCUGUUUGCUAUAGAGUUGGCUGGAUUCUUCUCAGGAGUGUCUAUGUUCAACUGCAGCCAAGGUCUCCUGUCACUGGCUGUCCACUGCAGCGCAUCCGUAUCGUUGUCUUUCUUUGUGUUUGAGAAGUGGGAGUGCUGGACAUACUGGGUUAUAUUUGCCACCUGCAGUGUGCUACCCGCUUUUGUGGAGAUUCUCCUGUUCAUAGCUGUUUUCGGACUGAAGAAGAAGCCGCUAUGAGAGACAUGAAAGACAGUCCGGAUGUGAAAUGCUACAAAUGAGUGUGGAUGUGGACAUCUGUUCUGAUGUAUCAACAGAUAGGCUACUGUAGCAACAGAAGGUCUGUGAUUCAUUAUCAGUGUGCUAAGGAAUGAACUGAUGAACAAUGUUUAACGGACUUGUGUGCAUAAACUGCACCAACAAACAUCAGAGGGAUGAACAAGCUGUCCUCGGUAUUUAAUGUUGUUCUAUAUUUUGAAUAAGAUAGAUGCAAAAAAGGCAAUAACCUUGUCAAGAGAAAAGUGAUAAUUUGUCAUCUGUUUUUUAAUGUUCUCACUUUGUCCCAAAUAUAUUUUGUACAUAUUGUUUCUCAAA